ACUGUUCAUGGGGUUCUCGUGGCAAGAAUACUGGAAUGGGUUGUCAUUUCCCCCUCCAGUGGACCACAUUUUGUGAGAACUCUUCACUAUGACCUAUCCGUCUUGGGUAACUGAGCACUGCAUGGCUCAUGGCUUCAUUGAGUUACACAAGCACCUUCUUCAUGACAAGGCUGUGGUCCAUGAAGAGGUUCAUCACCACUGGAAAACCCUAAUACAGAAUGUAAGAAGGAACAGAUUCACAUAUUUAUCAGUUUCAUAGUUAUGUUACUAAACAGUGGUUGUUGACGAUUAUCCAUUGGUUAGGGCUUGAAGUGACAUCUCUUCAGAUGUGAGCAGUGACCUAUGUGGUAAUGUCCUUUGUGGCAGAAAUAUGAAGUUGGGGAUGCUUAUACACUGUCUGCUUUCUCAAAGUGUGGUUUACUCUUCUAUGCUACCUGUCACUUCUGGCUUAAACAUUGUCCAGGAAAUUCACCAACACUGAACAAAGAACCAGCUCCCUAACUUGAGUUUUAUCCUUCCUCCUCUAAAAUUGACAUCCCCUGAGGCAAUGUCCUGAAACGACUUGUCCUGCUCUGGCUAAAUGGUAGUAAUUUGUUCUUGACUCCAGCAGUUUAUCAAACAAGCUCAUGUUAUGCCAUGUCAGUGCCUUGAAUGACACAGCCACAAUAGGACAGGGAAGUUGAUUUUUCUACAUUUAUUUCUGCUUCAUCAGAAGCAUGAUUUUGUGUACUGACAAGUAAAUGGCAUAGGUGUAGGGGAAAGAAUAGCAAUCACCAUAUUAUUUUGCCAGAAUUCUUGUGUUAGGGUAGCAAAAAAUGCUGAGAAAGAUAACUGCAUGUUAUAACAUUCUUUUCAAAUAAUGGCAAAGCUUUAAUUAACUGAUAAUCAGACACACUCAAGAUUGAAAUGCAGCUUACAAAGUUGAAUCAUGGCAAGUGGUUCAUUGAACACUGCACAGAAAGUAAAUGAAGUGUAUAUGUUCCAAUCACAAUUGGAAUUUUAAGUGAGUGGAAUGGAAUAAACUUGGUUUGGAAUUUGAAAUAAAUUCAGCUUGGAAUGUGUCUUAGAGACCAAGGUUUAUACAAGAGCUACACAAACUUCUCAGCAUGAAACAUGACACAAGGUGAAAUUUUCCUGGCAUCUUAGAAGAGCCAGAUAUGGAUUUCUGCAGGACUGGGGCACAGACAGUUGGUCCAGAACUAUUUGUUUCUACUUGGGGAAGAAACAUGGAAGCUUAUCUAAUACCUUGGGGUGGGAGUAAUAUUCCACCUGGUGGAUGGAAUUGUGUAUGCUUUCUCAGAAGGUGCUGUUUUUAGCUUUGUGUUACCAAUAAAAUAUUUUCAUCCAGUUUUCAUUUUUCUAUCAUUUGAUGUCUACUCCAGUAGUUCUAAGUAACUUUAUCUAUCACAUAUAUUAAAAACUAGUUAGAAAAAAGGAGAAGUGGCUGGAGGAAAAAAAAAAAAAAGAAUUAACUUCCAGUAAUUCAGGAGAAACCACUAGCAGCAAUUUACCUGUUUUGUUGCCAAAGCUGUUUUCUCAAAUUAUAGAUUCUCGUGAGCUCAGAACUCUGCAGGGGAAUUGUAAAGCAGACCAGACUUUGUAUGCAAAGCUGAAGAAGCAUCUUUUAUCGAAAGGUAAGUUUAAGUCAUGAGAAGACUUAAUCUGCAGAGUAGAAAAACCUGCAUCUCUUUUAGGAGCUUAGAAAUACCAGGUGAAUUAAGGCUCCAGAGAAGGCUCCAGGGAAAUUCAAGGUGCUCAACUUCAAAAGAGAGAUCAUCUGUAGAUUAAUACACUGGAAAAGGGGGCUGACUUCAGAAAAUGGAGGAAAUAAAGAGUGAGGGGCUGUAAAUUAAAGGUUCAUAGAGUUCGAGAGUUUCGGAAGUGAAAUGAUGAAGUCGGUGAGCUCCAGGAAUGCUGGAUAAUCAGACUAUGUCAGAGAGUCACCAUGACCUUGCACAAUAACAAUACAACCUCACCCUUGUUUCCGAACAUCAGCUCUUCCUGGAUUCACGGCCCUUCGGAUACAGGCCUGCCCCCAGGAACGGUUACUCAUUUUGGCAGCUACAACAUUUCUCGGGCAGCUGGGAAUCUCUCCUCUCCAAAUGGCACCACCAGUGACCCUCUAGGAGGUCAUACCAUCUGGCAGGUGGUCUUCAUUGCAUUCUUAACAGGCGUCCUGGCCUUGGUGACCAUCAUUGGCAACAUCCUGGUGAUAGUGGCAUUCAAGGUCAACAAGCAGCUGAAGACAGUCAACAACUACUUCCUCUUAAGUUUGGCCUGUGCUGACCUGAUUAUUGGGGUCAUUUCGAUGAAUCUGUUUACUACCUACAUCAUCAUGAACCGAUGGGCGUUGGGGAACCUGGCCUGUGACCUCUGGCUAUCCAUUGACUACGUGGCUAGCAAUGCCUCCGUCAUGAACCUUCUGGUCAUCAGCUUUGACAGAUACUUUUCCAUCACGAGGCCGCUCACGUACCGAGCCAAACGAACAACAAAGCGAGCUGGUGUGAUGAUAGGUUUGGCUUGGGUCAUCUCCUUCAUCCUUUGGGCUCCUGCCAUCUUGUUCUGGCAAUACUUUGUUGGGAAGAGAACUGUGCCUCCAGGGGAGUGUUUCAUCCAGUUCCUCAGCGAGCCCACCAUCACCUUCGGUACGGCCAUUGCUGCCUUUUAUAUGCCUGUCACCAUCAUGACUAUUUUAUACUGGAGGAUCUAUAAGGAAACUGAAAAACGUACCAAAGAACUUGCUGGGCUGCAAGCCUCUGGAACAGAGGCCGAAGCAGAGAACUUUGUCCACCCCACGGGCAGUUCUCGAAGCUGCAGCAGCUAUGAGCUCCAGCAGCAGAGCAUGAAACGCUCAGCCAGGAGGAAGUACGGACGCUGCCACUUCUGGUUCACGACCAAGAGCUGGAAGCCAAGCGCCGAGCAGAUGGACCAAGACCACAGCAGCAGUGACAGCUGGAAUAACAAUGAUGCCGCUGCCUCCCUGGAGAACUCUGCCUCCUCCGACGAGGAGGACAUUGGCUCAGAGACCAGAGCCAUCUACUCCAUCGUGCUCAAGCUCCCAGGUCAUAGCACCAUCCUCAACUCCACCAAACUACCUUCAUCAGACAACCUGCAGGUGCCGGAGGAGGAGCUGGGGACGGUGGGCUUGGAAAGGAAACCCAGCAAGCUUCAGGCCCAGCAGAGCAUGGACGAUGGAGGCAGCUUUCAGAAAAGCUUCUCCAAGCUUCCCAUCCAGUUAGAGUCUGCCGUGGACACAGCCAAGGCCUCUGAUGUCAACUCCUCAGUGGGGAAGACCACGGCCACUCUACCUCUGUCCUUCAAGGAAGCUACACUGGCCAAGAGGUUUGCUCUGAAGACCAGAAGCCAGAUCACUAAGCGGAAACGGAUGUCCCUCAUCAAGGAGAAGAAAGCGGCCCAGACCCUCAGCGCCAUCCUGCUUGCCUUCAUCAUCACCUGGACCCCCUACAAUAUCAUGGUUCUGGUGAACACCUUUUGUGACAGCUGCAUCCCCAAAACUUAUUGGAAUCUGGGCUACUGGCUGUGCUACAUCAACAGCACCGUGAACCCCGUGUGCUAUGCCCUGUGCAACAAAACAUUCAGAAACACUUUCAAGAUGCUGCUGUUGUGUCAGUGUGACAAGAGGAAGAGACGCAAGCAGCAGUACCAGCAGAGACAGUCGGUCAUUUUCCACAAGCGGGUGCCUGAGCAGGCCUUAUAGAAUGGGGUGCGUUCAAUAGCCCUCACCAUACGCACACAUCAACCACAAACCUUAGGAGGGAGUAAGGCGAGGGUGGGGGUCAUCUCUGGCACUGAUAAACAUGUUUUUAUCACCCAGACGUGAAGAAGCUGCCUGUUUCCCGGUCCAUUAAAUAAACCCAUUUUAAUAUCAAAAGUCAAAUACCUGUUCAGCCAAAAAUAAGUAAGCUUAUUACUGAAUAUGAAGGAAUUUAUUCUGAAAUAGACUUUGUUUUUUCUUAAAGAGAAGGAAAUAAUUUUUUCAUAGCAAUUACAUACCCAGAUUGGUCUGCCUGGGUCUUUUAAUUCCCAUUAGCUCUGGAAUCCCGGUGAGCAUAACUAACUGGCCCAGUUGUCACAUGCUCUCCAAGGAUCCCCAAAGUGUCCAUCGGAUCCCUCGUGGAACAUGUCAGGCUAGUGAAGCCAUGGUUCUGAAAAUCUUUCAUACGUUGCAAAACAGCACCUCCUCGUCCCAGUAGAGCUCCCCGUCUUCUCAUCGAUGUGUCAUUAAGCUCUCUUUGUGGACUUGAUUCUUGCAAAGUACUGUUUUGUGCAGUUCAAGUUUCGUACAAAUAAAAGAUAUAUAAGUAUAUAUGUGUAUAUAUAUGUGUGUGUGUGUGUGUGUGUAUGUGUGUGAAUUCCACGCACACACACAUAGUGUAUAUAAUAUAAUGGGAAUUAAUGAACUGGCAAAUUACUCCGGCAAUAGAUGCUUUCAGUACUUUGGUGACUAAAGUUUCUCUAGGAUCCUAACACAAUGUCAAAGUGAAAUAAACCUAGUAGUGUUUUGGAAACCAGGGCUGUUUUCCUGGAGAACAGGCAGCAGACAGCAGCCAGGCUCUCUGGGCUGAUCUGUGUAGGACAGUCAGCCUAGUGGGUCAGAUGAGCACCAUGGUCUGACCAGAUUCUGAGUAAGUUGUCGCCUUUGUUGACACCCUCAACAAAGCUAAAUCAAAUGGGGGCCCCCUCUGUGCCCAAAGAAUGAGUCACAUCCGUGGGUUUGAAUUUAAUGGUCCAAAUCUGAAUGUUUCCAACCAAAACCUUUUGCUAUCUUACCUGCUUGAAAUUUAAUAAUAGUGUCACAUUUGAAUUUCAUGCACAACAUUAUCUGGGGCAAAGCAGAAGAGACCUCGUGAGGGCCAGAGAGGAACACAGGAUUCGAUUUUUUGCUACUCAGCAUCUUUAAAUGCGAAAGGGCUUAAACCUCUUGUCACUUUGCUGUGACCAAUGCUUUCUGGUGUUCAUUGUGUGACCUUCACCCAGAAUAGGUGGGGGUUGGCAAGUCCCAAAUCCUCUGAAGAAAGUAUUACACUCUGAAAAGUAUUGCUGCAAAUUGAUUUCUUUAGUACAUUUCUAAAAAGUGAUUUUUGUGUUCUCUUCUGAAUUGACCCAAAUGCUAACUGUUCUAUUUGGGGGAGGGGAGGGGCGCUGCUGUGGCUGCCAUCUGUGUUGCUGCUAUAGUUGUUGGGGUUCCUUUUCUCCUUUUGUGGGGGCUGCGUGGGGAGUGGGAGGGGUGGGAGGCGGGGGGCUGAGGAGAAAUCUUCUGUCUGUACAGGGUCUCUGUGUCGUGAACCCGGAGCCAGGUUAGAAGCUGCUUCUGUUUUCAGUGUGAGCUGGUGUUUACAGCAGAUUUUGACAACAGUGUGACUGUACUCAGUGGUGUCUGUGUUCCUGAACUAUUUAAUUUCGUGUUAUGUUUAUAAGAAGACAUAUUUAUGCAUAUUUCACCAAGUGUCUAUUUAAUGUUGAUAAAUAUUACUCUUCAGUCUUCAGUAAUGGUGUGUCCCUUGAAAGUGAUUGUUAAGGUCCACUUGAGCAAUGAGUAGGGUAUAUCGUGCUUUCUUGUUGCUAAGAAGAGGAAAAAGUCAUCCUGUUGGUGUCAGGAGGUACCUAACUCUGUCUAGGUAGUAAAAAGUCAACUGCAACUUUAUUGUAACGGUCUAAUACUGUUCUAGUUAAACCUGAUGGGAACUGAUCAAAGCAACCCUCCACCAGUGUGUUUGAAAUCACAUGACAAGGGGAAAAAAGUAAAUCUGGGUAAUUGAAAGAGUGGGGUUUUUUGGCCCACAUUUGACCAAAGAGUAAGAAAAAACAGAGACUAUUUUCUAAUGUGUGUAGCAGACUACAGAAUGUUAUGUUAUCAACCUGUGAAAUGUCUAGUGAGCAAGUGCAUCUAUAUUUUAUUACUCACAUUGGCCUGGCACUAAUAAAUUUGUGAAUGCUGAUCCAAGUCUCCCUGUACAUCAGUAAUUCCCAUUCUCUUUGAAACUCCUAUCUUGCCUCCCUCUUGAAAGGCCAUUACCUGUAUUUUAAAAAGAUAUAAUUAAAAUUAACACACGGAGAAUCCCUAAGCUUUAGUGAAACUGUGAAGUUUAAUAACAGGUCUACUCAAACAUGAUUAUCUCCUGAAUCUUGUCCCUUUAUGAUGCUGAUAAUGGAAGAAAUGAAAGACAUCUAAGACAUUAGCUCUCUUUUUGUAUUACUGGUUUAAUUAUAGAAUUAUUUUUAAAUCUCCUGUGGGUGAAAACUGCUUUUACAUACUGACUGACUCUGUUUAUAGAAAUGUAUGUCCCACUGACUCUGUUUAUGGAAAUGUAUGUCCAACUCUUAGAUCAUUAUCAGAAAAGGAAAAUAAGAAAAAUUAUUUUGAACACAAAGAAUUUAGAAGUAUAAUCAAAGAUGUAGUGAAAUGUUUAAAACUGGACCAUGCAUUUCUCAAAGAACUUGUCACCAGCAAAGGUAUUCAAUAUUUACAUAUGAUCAUCCCCAAAAUGGGAAUCAAAUUGCUUCAUUCCAUAAGAAUGAGGUUUGCAGAGUUUUCAUGAUUAUGUAAAAUUGAGAGAGUAAAAGAAUAAAACCUAAAUAAACCACAUGUGAGGAAUCUACCCCCACCCCCAACAUACACACACAUGUUCUUCCAUUCUCUAUUCUCCAGGGUCUACCAGUUGGAUAAGAGAAGUGAGCUCUAUGAUCCUGUAUUCCCCCUGAUUUUGCCCUUUUCCCUGGUGGCUCAGAUGGUAAAGAAUCGGCCUGCAAUGCAGAACUGUGUUCAAUCCCUGGGUCAGGCAGAUCUCCUGGAGAAGGGAAUAGCAACCCACUCCAGUAUUCUUGUCUGGAGAAUUCCAUGGACAGAGGAGUCUAGUAGGCUACAGUUUAUGGGGUCACAAAGAGUCAGACACAACUGAGUGACUAACACUUUCACUUUUCACUUUCACUGCUGUCUUUUAUCCAUCACCUACCUGUGGCCUUUCUCUAGUUCUCUGUAUUAUCCUGACUUCAAAUCUAGCCUUGAAUCUCCAAAUAAGUUCCAUUUCUAUUCACUCUUUCACAUAUAAUAGUUCUAGAUUCUGGUAGAAAAAAAAAAGAUAAGAAAGCAUAAGCUUUAGAAGUUGCAGGAGCUAAAGGUCUAGAAGGCAUGGCAGCUUUCUCUGUCAACCCCCUCUGUGUACAGAUAGGCAAGUUCCUUGCUCUGGGAUCGGGUGAGAGCCCUUUGUGCAUCACUUGUGAGAAGGGGGUGCACAGCUCUGGUGCAGAGUUAGCUGCCUCAGGUCUAUCUUAGGAAGGGAAAGGACACCAAGGCUCAGGCACAGUGGAGAAGCCUGCUGGAGACAAUGUGAGACAGAGGCAGAGCCUGGGGAUCAUUCUGGGUGCCCCAAGACUUAUCCGAGUAGAGAAGAUUCCCAGAUGGGGACAUAUAGUUGAUAAACUGGACAGUUCAUCACAGCAGCUUCAGAGGACAAGUGAAGGUCCUCAAAGAAGCUCUGAACUUAGCAUGAGGAACCCUGAACUCUUAGCCCAGUUCUGUCAACAAGUAAUUACGUGUCCUCUGCCAUGCUUGUCACUUACCCUUAAACUCACUGGGUCAUCUCCAUCUGCUCCUACUCAUUAGCAAUAUAAAAGCAUCUUAAUUUGCCUUCUUGUAUCAAACAUGUCAAAUUGAGGCAGGGCAUUAGGUAAAUAACUGCCAUGAUGAAUGUAAAUUAUUUGUCUGAUGAACACUUGAAGCAUUCUGAUUUUAUAUAUACAUCAGAGUUAUUUCCUUAUAUUUCAAUACAGCAAACUCUAAGGAACUCUCCAAUUUGUGGAUAAACCUAGAAUUUUGUUGCAAAUACCUCAGUCCAGGAUGGUCACCUAAGGCCUGACAACCUUAAAAGCAGAGUUGCUGGGUAGCUGGUGUUUGUUUUGUUUUGUUGGUGGCAUUUCUCGAAAUGGACUGAAACUGUAGAACAGAACACCCAAAACAGUGAUCGUUUCUUCAAUCUGACAUCUCUACUUGUAUUAAUACCACCUCCUCUAAAAGAGUAUUUUCUGUUUCCCUUUACAGUCCUAGGUUAGGCUGACUUUCCUUGUGUUUUUAUGACUCUAUAUUGUAGGAACUCAGUCUCUACCAGGAUUCAUGCCUUGUUUUCCAGACCCAAGAGACUGGUUUCAGCAUGGUAGCUGAGAGCUCUUUAGAACUGGGAAUUACAUUUCCUUUUUCUAUCUGAGAAAGGAGGCUCAUGUUGAGAUUAUAAAAAUGGAUAAAGAAAAACAAGUUCAUAAAAUAACUAUAUUCAACGUAAGUUUGUAAAUGCAUAAUAUUUUGCCACUGCAUUUCAAAGUAGGCAAGUGUUAGUCUUAUUGUUAAUUGGACACACAUUACAUGUACUGCAUCACACAGAGAUGGACAGUGCACUUGGACUUAUGGAAGUGGACCCCCAAACACUUGUAUAAUUUGAUGACUGUAGUUGCCCUGAUAGAAUCAGGAAGACUCAAUAGAGUCUACCACUCUUAUCCUGGCUUGGAAUACCCCCAAAUAAUCACCCAAAUCCAAAGUGGCUCCUUGUAUAAUUUGAUGACUGUAGGUGCCCUGAUAGAAUCAGGAAGACUCAAUAGAGUCUACCACUCUUAUCCUGGCUUGGAAUACCCCCAAAUAAUCACCCAAAUCCAAAGUGGCUCUCAUCUGAGUUGUGUGAGAAAUUCUGCAUGAAAAGUAAAGGGAAAAGCAGGCCAUACCCUCAGUUGCAGAGAAGUAUUAAUAACACUUCGCUUACCCAAAUAACCUUAUCCUAAAAUAUUAUCCCCAGAUUAUAAAGGUUUAUUUUUGUUCUUUCUUGAAAUCCAAAAUACUUAUUAAUUCUGUAAUUUACAUUCCAAAUCCCAAACUAUUUUUGUCCUAGAUUCUGUGAUUUCCUUGAUGAUAGAAAGCGGGUCUUAUUCAUCCUGUGGUAGCACAGUAUCUGUCAGACAGUAGACAUUCAAUAAAUGUUGUUGAAUGUUUAAUAAACUCUUUAUGAUUAAUACAGCAAAUAGCUAUCAGAAUUAUGUGCACAUCAUGCCCCACAUUUCAACUGCAGCCAGACGUCAUUGGGCUGGGAAAGUGAAUUAAAUGAAAAAUGGUUCAUUCAGAUGAUGAUUUUCUAAUAAAAUAUUACUAAGCAACAAGGAGAAACAUUUUAAUAGAUUUUAAGAAAUAAAUAUAAUUAAGAGGACAGGGAAGAAGGAAAAUCCACUCUUGAUCCCUAGUAUUCAGAAACUUUUUACCAGAUUAGUCAACUCUACUUAGUCCUAGUAAGUGAAAUAUUGGGAGAGCCUGGAGAGUCUAUAAAUAGGUCUUCUGUUUGUACAGGUGAAGUUCUGUAGUUUGGCUUAAAACAUCCUUGCAUGUAGUUUUGCUUGGCAUGAAAGUUAGGACAGAAUCUACUCUGUUCUGCAAGCAUUGAACAAAAGCCCUCUCUUCAUAUCCACUAUUCAUUCCUUAUAUAACACAUGGAUAUUUUCAGCCUCCUACAUACAACACUCCAGAGAAGCUUCUUUGGUGCUUGUGGUUAGGGCUACGGGAAGGUGACAGUUUCAAGGAAUGCCCUCCCCACCCCCCUGCUCUUUUCAAACACAUGGGAACUGUCUAAGUUUGGUGCAGGUUUGAAGAAUAAUUAAAAUAGGCUUCCAAGGCAGUGAAUUAGCACAUUGAUAUUUUUUGGCAGAAAGCUUUCUGGGAAAUGUCUAUGAAGUGUUCAGUGAUGCUCGCAUCCUUCUAAUUCAUGAGGAUGUAGAAACCACUGUCCAAAGAGAUGGCGAUAUAUUUGCUUUGUAAGCAAAAGGCAUGUAUCAUAGUUGCAUCUAUAACUAGUGUCCCCAUCUUUCAAAGGCACUGAAUUUUACCUGUUUUUAUUUCCUAGUGUCCAGCACUUCCUCAGUAGUCUUUUUAGAUAUGUCAUAUGCCAUUUUUAUUCCUUCUCCUAAAAACAAGUCAAUUGUCUGUACUAUAAAAUGAUGCCUGCAACUUUAUGGUGAUAUUAUCCCCUAAGUUUAAUAGUGAAAUAAGGAAAUAAAACUAUAAAUAAACAAA